AUGGACUCAUCCCUCACCCGGCACUAUAAAAAGUCUGCUCUUGCUGAAGUUGUUCAGUCUUGUCAAGAACUCCACCAGACCACCAUCAUGAAAUUCGCAGUACUCGCUCUCGCCCUUCUGCUGGCUGUCGGCUCUCAGGCUGCUUCCCUGCAGGCCGAUGCACCCAGCCAACUGGCCCAAAUUCGGUCUGCUGUGGAUGUCUACAUGACUCAGGUGAAGGAUGGUGCCAAGAGAGCCCUGGACCAGCUGGAUGACACUGAGUACAGUCAACUCAAGGCCGAAAUAGUUCAGCACCUGGAUGACGUGCACAAUCAGAUUAAAUCUUUGCAGUCAGCGAUUUCCCCUAUGACCGACAGCGUCAUCGGCACCCUCGCUGAUGCCACCAGUGACGUCCGUGCCUCUUUGGUGAAUGAUGUUGACACCAUGAGAACCGACCUUCAGGAGAAACGUGCUGCUCUGGAGACGGUCAUUGCUAAACAUGUCGAAGAGUACCGCAAACAAAUAGAGCCUUUUGUCCAAGAGCAAAUGACAAGGCACCGAGCUCAGAUGGAGGAGCUGAAGACCAGGCUUGAGCCCUUUAUGGAAGAGCUGCGAGGCAAAAUUGCUACCAAUGUGGAAGAGACCAAGACCGCCCUGAUGCCCAUUGUGGAAGCUGUGAAGGCCAAGAUCACUGAACGUGUGGAGAAUGUAAGGGCAAUGGCUGCUCCCUAUGUCCAAGAAUACCAGGAGCAGGCGAGGUCAGCCUAUGCUCAAGCGAAGACCAUGGACGCCAGUAAACUCACUGACAUGCAGGCGAAGAUUGCACCUUUAGCUGAGGACAUAAAGGCUAAGCUCCAAUCUAUGUUCGAGAUCAUCCUUUCCAACAUCAACACAAACUAA